AAAAAUUGUCAUAAAAAAGAGUUGAAAAACUAUUUUUCCUUUCAAACCGUCCCUAAUCCAACCUUCCAAAAUUCACCGGUGCCCGUCCGACACUCCUUCCUCACUGCAACUAACUCGGGCCAAGGAUGCUAGCGUGCAUAGUGGUGUGCUCUGUACAAAGGUCGGGUAUCCCAGUCUCACAUGUCUAAGAGCAUAAUUUCUCGUAUAAAACCUCUGUGCAACCGGAAACCCAAACGCAGUUCACCAUCGAACCUCCAAGUCACACCCAGUGAAAGAAAAGUCGCCUAUGAGGUUUGCAGCAUUCUGAGAACUCAAAGUCACUGGGAACGGAAUGUUGAGGUCCUCCUUUCGGAAGCCCAAGCGGUUCCAUCUGAAAUAGCCCACCUUGUGUUCGACAAAAUUCGGGAUGCUCAAUUGGGCUUGAAGUUCUUUGACUGGAUCUCUCGGAGACCCUAUGGCUGUCCCCUUGAUGGGUUUGCGUACUCGUCUCUCUUAAAGCUACUUGCGAAGUUCAGACUCUUCCAGGAAAUUGAAGCUCUGCUGCGUGAGUGUACAAAAUGCGAGGAGACGUUGCCUACAAGAGAGGCAUUUGAUGAAUUGAUCCGAGCUUAUUCAAUUUCAGGUGUGGUUGAGAAAGCUCUUGAACUCUACUCAUUCGUUUUGAAAACCUUCAGUUUGCUACCUCACGUAGUCACUUGUAAUCAUUUGCUUCAUGGUCUUGUUAGUAAUGGACGGGUUGAAGCUGCUAUGGUGGUAUACAAUGAGAUGGUAAAGAGGGAUGCUGGAAUUGAAAAUAGAUGUUUGGAUAAUUAUAGCACUUGUAUAGUUGUGAAUGGAUUGUGUAAAGAUGGCAUGGUUGAUGAAGGCUGGAAGCUUAUCAGUGACAGGUGGGGAAAGGGGUGUGUGCCAAGUAUUGUGUUUUACAAUGUACUUAUUGAUGGGUAUUGCAAAAAGGGUGAUAUAAAAAGUGCUUAUAAUAUUUUCCAAAAAUUGAACUCCAUGGGUUUUUUGCCAACCGUAGAGACAUAUGGAGCUCUGAUAAAUGGAUUCAGCAACAAUGGAAAUUUUGAGAUAGUUGACGAGCUUAUGAGGGAUAUGGCGGCUAGGGGACUCUCAGCCAAUGCCCAUGUAUAUAACAUCAUUAUAGAUGCUAAAUAUCGGCAUGGUGGUGACCUGAAACCACUGGAUGCCAUUAGAAAAAUGAUUGAAGAGGGAUGUGAUCCCGAUCUGGUGACAUAUAAUACUUUGAUCUCUGGUUCAUGCAAAGCUGGGGAAAUUGAGGAGGCUGAAGAACUUCUAGAGAAUGCAAGAAAUAGGGGAUUGGUGCCUAACAAACGUACAUAUACUCCUUUGAUCCAUCUGUACUGUACACAGGGAGAUAUUGACAGGGCUUCAUGUUUUCUUGUUAAGAUGACUGAGUAUGGUGAUCCACCUGAUCUGCCAACAUAUGGAGCUCUAAUCCAUGGUUUUGUACGCUCUGGGCAUGUUGAUGUUGCCUUAACUAUUCGUGACAGGAUGACCAAGAAGGGAUUGUUACCUGAUUCUUGUAUAUAUAAUGUCUUGAUGAAUGGGCUUUUCAAAAAAGGGAAGCUUUCUGAAGCCAAGCAGCUUUUUUCUGAGAUGCUUUCUCACAGUAUCGUACCUGACAUGUAUAUUUAUGCCACUCUAGUGGAUGGGAUCAUAAGAAUUGGAGAGAUAAAUGAAGCAAAGAAGCUCUUUCAGCACACGAUUGAAAACGGUGUGGAUAUUGGUGUUGUGGGGCAUAAUGCAAUGAUCAAGGGCUACUGUAAGUUUGGGAUGAUGAGUGAGGCGGUGUCAUCUAUGAGCAGGAUGAAGAAGUUGAAGAUUUUUCCUGACGGGUAUACUUAUUCCACUAUGAUAGAUGGAUUUGUAAAGAAACAAAACAUGAGUGGUGCACUGACAAUAUUCUGUGAAAUGGUGAAACAGAAGUGUUUAGCAAGCGUGGUUGCUUAUACCUCUCUCAUUAAUGGAUAUUGCCAAAUUGGCAGUUCUCAAAGAGCACUAUAUUUUUUCCAUUAUAUGCAGUCAAAUGGUUUAGUUCCUAACGUUGUUACCUAUACUACAUUGAUUGGGGGAUUUUGUAAGGAAGGACAACUUGCAAAAGCUGCAAUUUUUUUUGAACAGAUGCUUAUUGCCAAGUGCUGCCCAAAUAAUUAUACCUGUAAUUAUUUGGUGAAUGGAUUUUCAAAUAGUGCACAUUCUGUAGUUCUGAAGGAAGGAAAUAAUCCUAAAAGCUGCAAGACAUCCAUGUUCUUGGAUGCUUUUCGAAAGAUGAUUUCAGAUGGAUGGCUUCCAAAUAUUGCUGCAUAUAACUCAAUUAUUGUUUGCCUGAGUUUAAACGGGAUGUUAAAAACUGCACUGGAGCUGCAGAAUAAUAUGGCCAGUAAGGGCUUGUGUGUUGAUUCUGUUUCCUUUGCAGCAUUGUUGCAUGGGAUUUGCUUGGACGGAAAAUCAAAGGAAUGGAAGAAGAUCGUUUCCUGCAACUUAAAGGAAUCUGAGCUCUGUACUGCUUUGAUUUACUCCAAAAUAUUUGAUCAGUACCUUGCUCGUGGCCUGAACUUUGAGGCUUCAGAAAUUUUGCACAACAUGGUCAGUGAUUGUAAGUCACAUAAUCUUCACAUGGAUAACAUUGAAGUGUCAGCAAAUAGGUGAUGGUUUCUCUUUAAUUUACGGGUUAAAUGUGUAAAACCAAGUCCAGAGACACCAUCAGACCUAUAUGACAAGGCAAUUGUGUGUGCUUUGUUGGACCUUUUCUUUUGAAGAGCUGAAGCACUAAGAGCUGAUAAAAUUGCACGUUGUUAUGUUUGCUCAAAACCAGGCAACCAGCCAGGCAGCCAAGACUUUUGCUAUCUCCUUUUCAAGUGCUUAUCUCCUCUUCAAGCACAGAAGAUAAUGGAGAUCCUGAAUCCCAACAGUAUGAAUAAAAAAGACUCCUGAGACCUACCCUAUCUCCAGAUCAGAAGGGUUUUCUCUGAACAUUGUAAUUGAAGAACACAGCAGAGUUUAAAAUAUCCAAGCACAGAUCAUAAAUUGUCUCAAGACAUAAUUCCAACAUUCAGCUUCUAAGUGAUCUGGAAUAUAAAUAUCUUGUCCUUUUCAGAUGCUGUUAUGGAGAAAAAGAGACCAUUCCUUUAUGAGCUUUGACAAGCAAAUGGUUUGUGAGUUCAAGACUAUUAUCAAGUGAGUCAUUGUUUAAGGAAAUGAUGGUGCGGUAUGAUCUCUCACACAUGAAAUUGAAAACAAAACAUGGAUGGUGAAUUAGAGGCCGCCAUUGAAAGGGGAUAAUUGUUUUUCACUCGAGAUUUUGGUGCAUCUUAGCCGUUGAUCACUGAUUAUGUGUGUAGGCGUGGAGCAGUGGUUGGCAAAGCUCUUUCAAUGAUAUGUAUAAGACACUUAUUGCAGGCUGAAUAGUGUCAUGUUGAAUGCCUAUCAGCCUAUGUAUACUACAACUGAAAUGGUUACUAUAACAUGUUGAAUGCCAAUGAAUCCGAGUUUUAGAACAAUGAUUUUAGUUGAGUUUUAUUUAUUCUAAAAAAAAUGAUAUGUAGUACACAAAUAAAAGCAUGUUGGAAUAAAUGAUAUGUAAC